GCCUGCGCACCCUGAAACUGUCUCCUCUGUCUCUUGAUCGCCGACCAGCAUGGCGCCAACAACACCAUUCAGUGCCUCGGAAAUAUCCGAGAAGGCUCGUCGCGACCUGCUUUUGCUGCUUGAGGGUGUCAGGGGCAAGAAAAACCUCGUGCUUGAGAAAGCACUUGCGGGAUCCGUAAACUUGCUCGUCAAGUCAUCAACGCUGCAAGAAUAUGGCGUUGACAAAUUCUUUUUCCUCGAGAAUGACAACGUCAACUCAUCGCAGCGGAACGUGGUUUUCCUCGUUAGGGGCGAGAAGGCCAAGACCGUGAUGGCUGUUGCCGAUCAAAUUAAGCGUCUGCGUCGAGAUAGCAAGAUCGAACAUGAAUUCUCCAUCUUCUGGGUUCCACGACGUACUCUUGUCUCAGACCAGCUUCUCGAGGAAGCGGGUGUGCUAGGCGAAGCAAGUGUGAGCGAGUGGCCGCUCUUCUUCGUCCCACUUGCAGACGAUGUAUUGUCGUUGGAGGAUGGUGAUGCCGUGACAGAUCUAUACUUGCGUCAAGAUCCCACCUCAAUAUAUCUGGCCGCCAGGGCACUCAUGCAGCAGCAGCAAAAGCACGGCCUCUUUCCACGUAUCCUCGGAAAAGGUGACAACGGCAAGCGACUCGCUGAUCUGCUUAUCCGCAUGCGUACUGAAGUCACCGCUGGCGAAUCCUCGAGUAGUAGCACCGCUUCCUUCUUGGGUUUGGUUCCUAGCUCUACCGUUGAUAGUUUGAUCGUCAUUGACCGAGCGGUGGACUUCCCGACUGUGCUCCUUACCCAACUCACUUAUGAGGGACUUAUUGAUGAAGUUUUCAACAUCACCGCUAACCAAACGGAAGUUGACUCGUCUGUUGUUGGCGGCGCUGCACCGCAGCCGGGACAAACCGGUUCGCCAUCAACGAGCAUGAAGCGCAAGAUUCUGAUCGACCCCAAGGACUCAUUGUACGCUACGCUCGGGGACUCCAACUUUGCCAUCGUGGGGAAUCUGCUCAACAAGGCAGCUCGUCGACUGCAAAGCAGCACCGGGCGUGACCAGCUGGCAGCCAAGUCCACAGCAGAAUUGCGUGAUUUCGUCGCGAAGCUACCUGGCUAUCAGGCCGAGCAAGCGAGCUUGAAGCUUCAUACUUCACUUGCCGAGGAGAUCAUCAAAUUCACACAUACUGACAUUUUUCGGCGGUCUCUCGAAGUUCAGCAGAAUAUUAUGUCAGGACUAGACCCCACAACCCAGCACGACACCGUCAAUGAGCUCAUCAAUCGUGACGUUCCGUUGAGCGCAAUCCUCCGACUCCUCUGCUUGGAAAGCACUUCCAAUGCCGGCAUGCGACCCAAAGAUCUGGAAACUUUCAAGCGAACUAUUAUCCAAGCCUAUGGCUCCCAGCAUAUUCUCACGUUAUCUAACCUCGAGAAGAUGGACCUCUUGCAACCUCGCGGCGGAUCAGGUCUUGGGGCUACCCCGGCCGCAAAGCCAGGUUCCGUCACGAACUAUACCCCACUUCGAAAGUCAUUGAAGAUCUGGGAUGACGACGUGAACGAAGCCGAGCCGAACGAUAUAUCCUACACGUUCUCGGGCUAUGCGCCUCUCUCGGUCCGCCUCGUCCAGUCAAUCAUCCAGAAACACUCUCUUUCAAAUGCCAUCAAGCCACCUUCCGAUCCCCGCACCGCUGCCCAAGCAAACCCUCUAGCGCAAGGCCUCCGAAUCUUUGACGAUGCGUCAAAGUACGUGCGCGGCGCAACCUUCGACGAAACGCAGACGGGCGAGGAAAAAGCAAUCAAAGCACGAAGCAUGCUGAACGGCAGCCACAAUGAUGGCUCGAAGACUAUUGUGGUGUUCUUCUUGGGCGGUGUGACGAGGGCUGAGAUUGCGGCUUUGAGGUUCAUUGGCAGCAAGUUGAAGGAGGUUGGUGGAGAGGGCAGAGGAAGCAGGAUUGUGAUUUGCUCGACCAACAUUAUCAGGGGUGGGAGCUUGGUCGAUAGCGCAAUUGAGACUGCGCAGUUUACAGCGUGAGCAGCGGAGGGAUAUAGAUGCGUGGUCAAGGUAGCUGGGCAACAUAAUUAGUCUAAAGGGAUG